AAAACACAAAACUCAUCCCAUGUGAUUGGUUGUGGCUCAGCAUGCUCUAUUGUGCCCCGGGGACGUUUGUUCGCCUGGUUUCCGACACACAAACAAAACUUUCCUGCCAGCCUGGGCAAUAUUGGGCUCCGGAGUGCUUUGACAUCCCCCUUGUAAUAUUGGAAUCUCUGACUUUUUCUCUAAAGGGAUAAUAAAGUGUGCUUGGCAGGAUGUACAGCUUCAUGGGCGGUGGGUUGUUCUGCGCUGGAGUCGGGAACAUACUCCUUAUUAUCUCCACAGCAACCGAUUACUGGAUGCAGUACCGUCAAUCCAACAACUAUAUGCAUCAGGGCCUGUGGCGCUACUGUGUGCCUGGGAAAUGCAUGACACACACAGAUAGCAUUGCGUACUGGGAUGCCACCCGUGCCUUUAUGAUCCUCUCCCUGCUGGCCUGCUUCAUUGGCAUCGUGAUCGGCGUCAUGGCCUUCAUACGCUCCUCCUCCUUCAGUGGGUUUGACAAGACGUUUGCUGCCGGCAUCCUCUUCUUCAUCUCCUGCUUCUUUGUGCUGCUGGCGAUGGCUGUGUACACUGGGGUGACGGUGAAUUACUACGGGAAACGAUACGGGAAUUGGCGCUUCUCCUGGUCCUACAUCAUGGGUUGGGUAGCCGUGGUCCUCACCUUCUUCUCAGGCAUCUUCUACAUGUGUGCCUACAGGAUGCAUGAAUGCCCGAGAAACUCCAACUCCCGCUGAUCUGACAAAAACACACACAGUUCACAUCUGGGUUUACACACCUAACUACGUCAUUUCCUGUUUACCAGGCCACUAUUGAAUAAGCAUAAUAAAAAGGGUCAAACCAAU